CCCAUGGCACGAGGUGGGGACUGGGUGAUUUUAACAUCCCUUCCUACCCAAACCAUUCUGUGAUUCUGUAUUCAGAGUCAAGCACCUGGGCAGACCCACCAGAAGACUUUUCCCUUUAGAGUCUGGCAGAAGAGUAACAACAGCUAGCCAGAAGAGAAAUAAUUAGGAAUUCAAGAGCUGAAAUUUCUGCAGGAAGAAGCCCCAGAAAACAGAAGUAUUUCAGUUGAAAACAAUUACCCCAGACCUCACCAUGUCCUCCAUGCAAGACACGUUCAAUUAAACCCCUCUCCUCCUCAGUACACUCUUAUUUUCUCUGGCACACAACCAUAAUAAAGUGAUUUAUCUACAAAGACUGGGAAACUAAAAAAAAAAAAAACCAAAAAAAACAAACCAACAACAACAAAAAAAGCCCAGAUCAUUAGAGGACAAGGUACACUUGAAUUAAAGGCCACAGGCACAGUGAAUUCAAAUGAAAUGUGAAGUACCACAGGUUUUAUGUUACUGGGAGAAGGACACACAAUUCCCUGUCUCAUUAUCAGCAAGGCAUUGAUUUUCUGUGGAAGUGUGCUUGAAUUGCUCUUGAUAGAUAUCACAACUUUCCUUCAACAACAGGAGAAUUGGUUCUUUCUAAAAACUGUUGACUUUUUUUUUUUUUUGUUAAAAAAACCUCCUUGUACUUAGUUAAUACUUUCCCCACAGCAAUGCAAUUGAUGGAAAAAAUAGCUCAGCAAUAGCCCAUUUUCUCUGCUCACCCUGAAGUGAAUCCAUUCCCUCAUUUAUAUCUUUUAUCUCCAUAAGAUCUUUUUUGGUGCAUAAAAAAUUUCAUUCAUUAAACUGCAAAUGGGUGAGGGGGGAAGGGAUAUAUGCUUAAACCCACCUUGAGGAAUUCAAAUAAGGGUGUGGAUAGGAUGACCUGAUAAGAAAUGAGAGUUUGCUUUCAUUUUAUUUCUGCGUAGCAAUAAAACGAGGGUGCUUGGCAUCAUUUGAUUUUUUGUGUCAGCAAAGAACAAGGAUCAUUUUAUUGAUUAACACAGAAAAGGGUUGUGUAUUGACUUAGAGCAAUAACAAGAGCAUUAACGACUUUUCCUUGUUUUUUUGGGGUUUUUUUGUUUGGUUUUUUUUUUGUUUGUUUGUUUGUUUUCCAUGGCAGCCAACGUCCUGGAAGAAGACUCAAUGGAGCAGGACAUCGAGAGCCCUGUCACUAUCCAUCAACCAAAGUUGCCCAAACAAGCGAGAGAGGAUCUGCCAAAAAACAUCAGCAAAGAAUGUGCCAAGAGAAAAAUCCAGAGGUACGUUCGGAAAGAUGGGAAAUGCAACGUCCACCACGGGAAUGUCAGAGAGACUUACCGGUACUUGACUGACAUCUUCACCACCCUGGUGGAUCUCAAGUGGAGGUUCAACCUGCUGAUCUUUGUCAUGGUUUACACGGUGACCUGGCUCUUCUUCGGCAUGAUCUGGUGGCUCAUUGCCUACAUGCGAGGGGACAUGGAUCACAUAGGGGACAGCACGUGGACCCCCUGCGUCAGCAACCUCAAUGGGUUUGUCUCAGCCUUUUUAUUCUCAAUCGAGACCGAAACCACCAUUGGGUAUGGUUACCGGGUCAUCACGGACAAGUGUCCCGAGGGAAUUAUCCUGCUUUUAGUGCAGUCUGUCCUAGGUUCUAUCGUCAACGCCUUCAUGGUUGGCUGCAUGUUUGUGAAAAUAUCCCAACCCAAGAAGAGGGCAGAAACCUUGGUUUUUUCUACAAACGCAGUCAUUUCCAUGCGGGAUGGAAAGCUGUGUCUGAUGUUCCGAGUAGGAGACCUUAGGAAUUCACACAUUGUAGAGGCAUCAAUACGAGCCAAGUUGAUCAAAUCCAAACAGACAAAGGAGGGGGAAUUUAUACCACUCAACCAGACAGAUAUCAACGUAGGUUAUUACACAGGGGAUGAUCGUCUCUUUUUGGUUUCACCACUGAUCAUCAGCCAUGAGAUUAACCAGCAGAGUCCUUUCUGGGAGAUUUCCAAAGCCCAGUUGCCCAAAGAGGAGCUAGAAAUUGUUGUAAUCCUAGAAGGAAUGGUGGAGGCAACAGGUAACAUUUCUUAUACUUUGUAUAAGGUAACUGCUUUGAUUUUAGCAAGGAAAAUCAGUGGUUUUGCUUCAUUUUAA